AUGAGGGAACUCAUUCCCAAGCAUCUCUGCCGGUCGUGUUUUGGUACUGGCGCCAUACAGCAAAGCAGAAAUCAAAAGAAGAGAGGCCCCGGCCGGGCGGCGGGUCUGGCUAACGGAUGGCUCUCCCUCUCCCGCGAGGAGAAACUGGCCGCCAGGAAGAAGCGGAGAAAGGAGCGAGAAGCGCUCGGAGACGAAGCACCUCCAAAAGCCAUACCAAAGACUAUUGAAAAUCAGAGAGUGUAUGACGAAACAACUGUAGAUCCCAAUGAUGAAGAGGUUGCUUUUGAUGAAGCAACUGAUGAAUUUGCACCAUACUUCAACAGACAGACAGUUCCCAAGAUUCUUAUUACAACAUCAGACAGACCUCGAGGGAGAACAGUGAGAUUCUGUGAACAACUGUCUACUGUUAUACCUAACUCGCAUGUCUACUAUCGAAGAGGACUGGCUUUGAAAAGAAUUAUUCCACAGUGUAUUGCAAGGGACUUCACGGACUUAAUCGUCAUUAAUGAAGAUCGCAAAAUACCAAAUGGUCUUGUUUUAAGUCAUCUGCCUGAUGGUCCAACGGCUCAUUUUAGAAUGAGUAGUGUCCGUUUGCGUAAAGAAAUAAAGGUGAGACUCCCAGCAAAAUUAAAAAAAUCGGAGCCCACAGAACACGUACCUGAAGUAAUCCUGAAUAAUUUUACAACACGACUCGGCCAUUCUGUUGGUCGCAUGUUUGCUUCUCUCUUCCCACAUGACCCUCAGUUCAUUGGAAGACAAGUAGCUACAUUUCACAACCAGCGAGACUACAUCUUUUUCAGAUUCCACAGAUAUAUCUUCAAGAGUGAAAAGAAAGUGGGAAUUCAAGAACUUGGGCCACGUUUUACAUUAAAGCUGAGGUCUCUCCAAAAAGGAACCUUUGAUUCCAAAUUUGGAGAAUAUGAAUGGAUUCAUAAGCGCCGAGAAAUGGACACAAGUAGAAGAAAAUUUCACUUAUAAGAACAGCUAUCUGCCAAUUGCUGGUGACCAGAAAUACAACUGCUUUGAACUAUGGAUUAUCUCAGACUCCCUAACUAACAAUAAUGAUACUGAACAGCAUCUGUCUGCAGAAAGACAAACUGCGAACAUUAAAACUUUAUACAGG